AUGUCUGCCCCAGUUAUCCCAAAGACCCAAAAGGGUGUUAUUUUCUACACGAACGGUGGUCCAUUGGAAUACAAGGACAUCCCAGUCCCAACUCCAAAGCCAAAUGAAUUGUUGAUUCACGUCAAAUACUCUGGUGUGUGUCACACUGACUUGCACGCCUGGAAGGGUGACUGGCCAUUGCCAGUUAAGUUGCCUUUGGUCGGUGGUCACGAAGGUGCUGGUGUUGUCGUCGGUAUGGGUUCCAACGUCAGAAACUGGAAGAUCGGUGACUACGCUGGUAUCAAGUGGUUGAACGGUUCUUGUAUGUGCUGUGAGGAGUGUGAGUUGUCUAACGAAUCCAACUGUCCAGAAGCCGACUUGUCUGGUUACACUCACGAUGGUUCUUUCCAACAAUACGCUACUGCCGAUGCUGUCCAAGCUGCUAGAAUCCCAGCCGGUACUGAUUUGGCUGAAGUCGCUCCAAUUUUGUGCGCUGGUGUCACUGUCUACAAGGCCCUAAAGUCUGCUGACUUGAGAGCUGGUGAAUGGGUUGCCAUUUCCGGUGCCUGUGGUGGUCUAGGUUCUCUAUGUAUCCAAUACGCUAAGGCUAUGGGUCUACGUGUCUUGGGUAUUGACGGUGGUGCUGAAAAGGAAAAGUUGUUCAAGCAAUUGGGUGGUGAGUACUUCAUCGACUUCACCAAGACCAAGGACAUCGUUGCUGAGGUCAUUAAGGCCACCAACGGUGGUGCUCACGGUGUUAUCAACGUUUCCGUCUCUGAGGCCGCUAUUGAAGCUUCUACCGAGUACUGCAGAGCCAACGGUACCGUUGUUCUAGUCGGUCUACCAGGUGGUGCCAAGUGUAAGUCUGAUGUCUUCAACCACGUUGUUAAGUCUAUCCACAUUGUCGGUUCUUACGUUGGUAACAGAGCUGACACCAGAGAAGCUCUAGACUUCUUCGCCAGAGGUUUGGUCAAGUCUCCUAUCAAGAUUGUUGGCUUGUCUGACCUACCAGAAGUUUUCGAGAAGAUGGAAAAGGGUCAAAUCGUCGGUAGAUACGUCGUUGACACUGACAAAUAA